AUUGUGGUCGUUGCACUGCAGUUGGGAUUGGGAGGGAAGCAAAACUACCGUGUCGAUGGAAGAGCGGCCAUUGUCGCUUUGCCGCACCGCACGCAAGCGCGGCUAUACGUCCGGUGCGCGCCAAAACGCGUUCGAAGUUUAAACGCAUCGAUUGAUGAAUGAAAAGUUAUUUUUUAAAGAAUAAAAAAAACUUUGUUUUUUUUUUUUAAGUGCUGGUGGUUUUGUUUAGGAUUUAUUCAAAAACAAAAUGAAGUACAAGGUGAAGGACAUUGAUGCGGAGAGCCAUCACUCCGGCAAACUUCCCGACAGCAAACUUGAAGAGAAACUAGAGCGAGCGGUGCGAUGUUCGACGAUCCUAAUCGGAGCCCUAGGGCUGUCCCUGAUCGCGCUAGCAGUGUACACGACCGUCCUAGUGCUGACGGAGUACAGGACGCCGAAACCCUGUGUCUCAGAGGAAUGUGUUGGCACCGCAUCAAGAAUUCUUCAAGCCCUGAACAAAGACAUAGAUCCCUGUACCGAUUUCUACGAAUACGCGUGCGGGGGUUGGAUCAAGAAGAACCCGGUGCCUGACUGGGCGACGUCCUGGGACCAGCUGGCGAAACUUAGAGAACAGCUGGUGUCGGAUUUGAGGGAGCUACUGGAAGCUGAUGAUGAUGUCGAAUUGCCGGCUAGUGUGCAAAAGGCAAAGGCGCUUUAUAGGACUUGUGUUGAUGUUGAGAAGCUAGACAAAGACGGCAUCAAGCCGAUCGAGAACAUUCUCGACAAGCUGAGCCUGCCCCCGCGGCCCCCCUCUGAAGUCAGCACCAACUUCUCCUGGGAGUACUCCGCGGGGCUGGGCAGGAGAAUGUUAGGGCUCAACGUGCUGAUCAGCGUGCAAGUUUCAGAGGACGUGAGGAAUACCAGCAGAAAUAGGGCUGUGAUCGAACAAGUAUCCCCAGGGUUCAGCGAGCGCUACCUCCUCCGGCCCGACCAGUUCUCGCACGAGAUCGAGCAGUACCACCACUACAUCCAGCAGAUGAUCAGCAUUGCCGACCCUGACACCAAUGCUGAGGAGUUCGCCGACGAGAUCGUCGAGUUCAGCAAGAGUUUGGCUAAAAUAAUGACGCCAGUAGAGGUCCGCAGAAGUGGCACGCACCUGUUCCACGAGGUCAGCGUGCAGCAGCUCGUCCAGGGCUCCAGUGGCGGACCCGCCCAGUGGAAAGAUCACGACUGGAAUAAAUACCUGGAACUGGUCUUCAGCAACACCAGCGUCAAGCUGCACCCACAACAAGACAGAGUGAUCGUGAUGGACCUGCCCUACCUGCAGAAGCUGGCCGUCUUACUGACUGACACCAAGCCGGUUAUUGUAGAACGUUUCCUGUGGUGGAGCGUGUUCUCCACGGUGGCUCCGAUGACGCUGGCCUCCUUCAGGGACCUGGGCUUCGAGUUCUCCAAGGCUGUGUUUGGUCUGCAGCAACGUACUCCAAGAUGGAAGAGCUGCACCGCCAAUGUUAACUCUAACUUCGGAGUUGCGCUCAGCUAUCUGUAUGUGAGGAAGCAUUUUGACCAGGACUCGAGAAAUAAGGCCAUAGAGAUGGUGUCGGACGUGCGGUCGGCGUUCGCGGCGGCGGUGCGCUCGCUGGACUGGAUGGACGCGAGCACGCGCGCGCGCACGCUCGCCAAGCUCGCCGCCAUCCGCAACUUCGUGGGCUUCCCCGCCUGGCUGCUCUCGCACGAGGAGCUCGACAAACACUACAAGCAUGCUGAAAUAGUGGAAGGGAAUUUAUUCGAAACGUAUCUAAAGCUGACGUGGGCUGCUGUGAAGAAAUCAUUAGAGGCGCUGAGAGAGAAACCUGAUAGAGACAGAUGGGUAGCCACAGCAACUACAGUGAACGCUUUCUAUUCAGCUACCCUCAAUUCAGUCACAUUCCCUGCUGGCAUUCUCCAACCGCCAUUUUAUGGAAACGGAAUUGAAGCAAUCAAUUACGGAUCAAUCGGUGCCAUAAUGGGCCACGAAGUAACUCAUGGCUUUGAUGACCAAGGUCGUCGCUACGACUCCGACGGCAACCUGAAACAGUGGUGGUCGGCCGCGACGCUGGAGCACUACCACGGGAAGGUUCAAUGCAUCAUCGACCAGUACAGCAAGUACCACAUGCCGCAGCUGCCUAACUACACGGUCCACGGGUUCAACACCCAGGGCGAGAACAUCGCGGACAACGGCGGCCUGCGCGCGGCGCUGACGGCGUACUCGCUGUUCGCGCAGCGGCAGCCGGCGCGCGCGCGCGCGGCGCUGCCCGGGCUGCCGCACUUGAUGCCUGAACAGCUGUUCUUCCUGGGAUUUGCACAGAUUUGGUGUGGCAACUCCACUAUCGGCGCACUCAAGUCCAAAAUGGUGGAAGGGGUGCAUAGCCCGAACAAAAUCCGAGUGAUCGGCACGUUAAGCAACUCGAAAGAAUUCGCGGAGGCAUGGAAAUGUCCCAAAGGGUCUCCCAUGAACCCUGAACACAAAUGUGUGUUGUGGUGAUCUCUUUCCCACUUCAGAACGCCAACCACGAAACGUACAAAUACGUAGCACGUUACAAACGUCCAUAUGCUGUCUCUUUUCCCCCACAACGCGUACGCAUCGUGUAAAAAAAGAGAAAGGUGGACGCAAUUACGUGUUAUUUGUUUGUUUCAUGGUAGCCCCCUAGAGCCUUAGCGAACGAUGAAAUCUUCCAGUUAUAUGGAAUGAGACGUAAUUAUAAAUGAGCUUUUUAAGUCUUUGGAAAUCGGCGUCAGGUUUACGCUUUGUGAUUGGUGCCUAAAUGUGAUGUUAGAUAUAAGUGUACCAAAGACGUUACUACUAGGUUACCACCAAGUUACCGUAGAGUAGUUGUACAAAAAAAAAAUGUUUUAUAGUAAUAUACACUUCAUGUCAUCGCAAGACACCUAGUUAUCAAUACGUAAGAAUCUUAAAUCACGCGGCUGUAAGUGGAAAUUUUGAUAAGAGUACAGCUACGUUGUUUUUGUCAGUAACUAUAGUGGCGCGUCAACUAGGUAUUAAAGUGAUUACUUUUUUAAGAAUAAGAAAAAAUUGUUGAAAAUAAGAUACAUGACGAAAUGGCAUACUAUUAUAUCAAUUACUUGAAAACUAUUUAGAGCAAAUUUACUUUAUGUGGCCGUCCAAAUCAAAAGGGACCUUAUGGCGGCUGGCACUUAGGUCUUUAUUGCCGUUGUUCGAAUACAAAACAACGGCAAUAAUGGCGUAAGUGCCUAGCGCCAUAAGGUCCCUUUUGAUUUGCACGGCCACUUACCAUAUAAUCAUAAGAAAGAAUGAUGAAACAAAUGAUCAAGACUGCUGUACUUAUUGGAGAUUGUACUUUUAAUUUAAGCAUCUUAAAUGUAAUGAACGGAAGAUCUCCGAGACGUCUUCCCAGUAUUCACUGGGAAGACGUCUCGCUGCUCAUUCGAACAUGGCUUGAGUUUCAUAAGAUAAUAUAGUAACGUCUAAUACACACUAAAGGGGCUUCCUCACUCCUCUGCCUCAGCCCCACGUAUAGCUACCACAACACUUAUUUUUUAAUUUUUCGCUAAGAAAUAAAAUAAAUCGAUAAAAAUGUUAUGGUGGCGCUAGUGUACGGCUACAUAGUGAAUGGUCUGUGAUAGCGCUUUAAGAUUUUUCAUAAACCCAAAAAUUUGGGUGGUGUUGGUUCCCAAUGGUGGGUUUGUGAAUGAAACCACAAUAUAAUUAUAAAACUCAAGCCUCUUCUAUUCCUGUAGGAUUUAGAUUAAGUCUAACAUAAGAUUAUUUUUCAUUUAGAUGUCACUAUAAAAGGCAAAUGUUUAUUAUUUUGCCGAGAUUUAUAAACAUAAUGGUGCAUCUCUUAUUUUUUUAACAAAGUGACAAAACCUAUUUAUUACAUUAAAAAAAUCUUACAUAAAA